AUGGCCGACUCAGCCCCGGCCGGCAAGACCAAGGUCACGCUCACCGGAGCGCAAAAGACACUUCUUCUCACCCUAUACUCCAAGCAUUACGACAAUACGCACGCUCCAGACCCAAUCCUGAGCGACAAGUGGGCGACACAUGUCUUUGACCAAAUCGACUUUGACUUUUCCACCCUCGGCAUCCGCGCAUCUUUCUGCGCGUAUGUAUCACUGCGUGCCUACUGGCUGGAUCAGUGGGCGGUCGAGUUUCUCGAUGCGCACAAGGACAGCCCGGCUGGAGCAACGGUGCUGCACUUAGCAUGUGGUCUCGACGCACGAUCUCUUCGUCUCCAGGACCGGUACGAAGCCAAUCCCAAGAUCCGCUGGGUCGACGUGGACGUGCCGGAGGUGGCCGACCUCAGACGAAAGGUCCUUCCGGAUCCAAAGGGGGACUACACCCUGCUCGGGACUGAUGUCUCGGACAACACCUGGUUGGAACGUGUGCCUAAUGAUAGGCCGACGCUUGUCAUCAUGGAGGGCCUGACGCUGUAUCUGACUGAAGAAGAAGGCCACAAGCUGCUCCGCAGCCUCGUUGAACGGUUUCCGCAGGGAGGGCAGAUCAUAUUCGAUGCCUUUUCCACAUGGGCCAUCUGGGUCCAGAACUACACGGGACCUGUGCAGAACACGGGUGCGAAGCUUCAUUGGGGAAUUGACGAUCCGCGUGCACUGUUGAAGUUGCACGAGCGACUGAAGUUGCUUGACGAACAGUCCGCUAUCGACCUACCUGGGACAGAGAAGUACCCGUGGUGGGCACGUUACCCGGUAUAUGUGUGCGCAUACGUUCCAUGGGUGAGAUAUGUUGUACGAUACUUGAGAUACGGGUUUUAG